AUGCAGAACGCCCCCGUCGUUAUUGUGGCCUCGGCCCGCUGCCCUACGCAGAUGCAGUUCUACACCCCAAGCAGCACGAAUCUCUUCGUGCGCUACCUGUCGCGCGAGGUGGACGACGACCGUCUGCGCGCGAUCUUCUCCGCCUUCGGCAAUAUCACCUCGUCGAUGGUGAUGCGCGACAUCUACAGUGGCCAGAGCCUCGGCACGGCAUUUGUGCGCUACGAGAAGCACGAGGAGGCGCUGCGUGCGCUGCGUGACGCCCACGGGAUGCCGCUGCUCGGCAAGACUGUGUCUGUGCAGUGGGCGAAGCAGCAGCACGACGGCACGCCAGCUGGGCAGGAGCGGCUGAGGAUGAACAAGCUGUUCCUGCGCAACGUGCCGCUGGAGGUUACGGAGGAGGAUCUUGUCGAUCUUGUGAACUCCUACGGCUCCGUCCGGAAGGUGACGAUUCACAACGACACCGCGCCGUUCAUCGACGCAACGGAGCGCCGCCGCAUCGUCUUCAUCACCUUUGCCGAGCAAGGCGCUGCGGAGGCCGCGCUGCGUGCAGUGCACAACACCUGCGCCUUUCACCAGUGCCGCGGCAUCCCACUGAUGUGCAAGUUGAUUAACGACGCUGUGAAGUCCAAGAGACAUCGUAUGGACAGUGUAUGUUCCGGUGGGGAUGUAACUGAAUUUGCCACGACCAGCCCGAAGGCAGCCAGUAGUCGCACCUCUCGCAUGGUGGUUGCUCCUCUCAGUGUUCCGGACAUGAUGUGUGGGCCGGGCAAGACAUCCAUGGAAUCGUUCUGUCUAUCACAGGUGCCGCAGCUCAUGUCCUCCUCAGAGGACUCCGUGGCGAACACGCCAAGUCGCUCCUGCGGUGGCUCUCAGUGGGACGAGGCGGCAGUGGCGCACACGCGUGUGUACUCAUCGGUGGGGCCUUGGCCUAUCGGUGGCGAUUCGUCGAACGCGUCAUUGCCGCGCAGCAGCAGCGAUAUGGGCUACAGCUUGCGCUUCUGUCAUAACCCGUACUCGAUGCUGGGUGAGAAGGUCUAUGUGUAG